AUGAAGGCAUUGAUUCUGGUUGGAGGGUUUGGAACAAGGUUGAGGCCAUUGACACUCAGUGUUCCCAAGCCUCUUGUUGAUUUUGCUAACAAGCCUAUGAUUCUGCACCAGAUAGAGGCUCUUAAGGACAUUGGAGUUACUGAAGUGGUGUUGGCUAUCAAUUACCAACCAGAGGUGAUGUUGAAUUUCUUGAAGGAUUUUGAGGAAAAGCUCGACAUCAAAAUCACUUGCUCUCAAGAAACUGAACCAUUGGGAACCGCAGGUCCCUUGGCUCUAGCCAGAGAUAAGCUGAUAGAUGGUUCUGGUGAGCCUUUUUUUGUUCUCAACAGUGAUGUUAUAAGUGAGUAUCCGCUUAAAGAAAUGAUAAAAUUCCAUAAAUCCCAUGGAGGAGAGGCUUCCAUAAUGGUGACAAAGGUUGAUGAGCCAUCAAAAUAUGGUGUAGUUGUGAUGGAAGAGACCACUGGCCAGGUUGAGAAAUUUGUGGAGAAACCAAAGUUAUUUGUUGGAUUCUGGAUGGACAUUGGACAACCAAGGGACUAUAUCACAGGCCUGAGACUCUAUCUGGACUCACUGAGGAAAAAUACUUCUUCCAAGUUGGCCAGUGGCCCUCACAUUUUGGGGAAUGUAAUUGUGCAUGAGACAGCCAAAAUUGGUGAGGGAUGUCUCAUUGGACCUGACGUAGCAAUUGGCCCUGGCUGUAUUAUUGAGUCAGGUGUCAGGCUUUCAAGCUGCACUGUAAUGCGAGGAGUUCGGAUUAAGAAGCAUGCUUGCAUAUCCAGCAGCAUCAUUGGGUGGCAUUCCACUGUCGGGCAAUGGGCUCGAGUGGAGAAUAUGACCAUCCUUGGAGAAGAUGUCCAUGUGUGCGAUGAAGUUUACAGCAAUGGUGGUGUGGUUUUACCCCACAAGGAAAUCAAAACUAGCAUUCUGAAUCCAGAGAUAGUCAUGUGA